CAGUGUCAGCCAGACAACAACAACAGUAAGCGCUUUAUGUGGAGCAGUACCAGCUGGUACCAAGCACUGUUCAUCUUCCACGUUUCAACUGUGUGGAGCUAAAAAGUGGGCCAUGGAGCUUAAAUCUAAAAACGCUUUUUCUCGCAAUGCUAUCCUCUACCUUCUGCCGGUCUUCGUCCUUCUCAGAACCUGCGCAGCUCAGCAACUCUGUUCAGUGCCUCCAGACCCAGUAACAAUUAAAGAGAACCACACGAUUGACAUACCUAUAAUCACGAUCAACACUGUUGAGGGCGUGACACUGACUCUGACGGAUAAUCCCGAUAACACGUUUGGACUUCAAGGCACAAGUUUAAUGUUGAUGAAAAUACCGGACUUUGAGACUCUGAAAAAUGAAGGUGAUCUCACAGUUCAUGUUCAAUGUGAAAAAACUGGCUUUCCACCUACACUCUUGCUAGUGACCAUACUGGUUGCAAACGUGAAUGAUAACCCUCCUGUGUUUGCCCAAAGCCAGUACACGUUGAACGUUGAUGAGCUGACACCAGAAGACACCAGUAUUGGAAGGAUUGAAGCCACAGACCCAGACGCAGGGCCACUCUAUUACCACCUUGAGCCGGCAACGGGCGGAUAUUUCAAAAUACAAACUGUGAACAACCCAAAUAUCCUUGUGGAUAAGGUGGCUGAUUAUGACGACAUCCAAAGCCUGACAUUGAUCUUAUAUGCUCAGGACACACCCACCACCACACAGACUGAGGAGCCCUCCUACACAGCCACAACAACCAUUACUGUCAAUAUCCGGGACAUCGACAACCGUCCCCCCUGGUUCCAGCCCUGCACGGAGUCAACUGUUGGCACAGCCAAAAUCUGCCUCAAUUCUGGAUACAAGGGAAAGGUCAACUUAACUGAGAAAGAGGAUGGGGACUUACCAUUGGAACCAGGCCCCCUGUAUGCUGAGGAUGGGGAUAAAGACAGGGAUGAACAGAUCAGCUAUAAGAUUGUUAGAGGAAACGAAGCUGGAAUAUUUCAUGUUAAUGAGAACACUGGAGACGUGACCAUGUUAAAAGCUGCAGAUGUAGAGGGCCCAAUUAUCCUAACGGUUUUGGCUGCGCAAGUCACCAACAAUGACCAGUAUGCCAUGACUACAGUGACCUUCGAAGUGAUGAAGAAGAGUCGGUUCUUCCCGCGGUUCGAGAGGGAGCAGUAUGAGGGCUACACUUCUUGCGACUCCGCCCUCGGGAGCAUGCUGCUGGCGGACGGGACCUCCAACCGACCCCUCCGGGUCUGGGCCAAAGAUGCAGACUACGCUAACGGUGUGAAUCCUGAUGUAAGGUACACAUUUGGUAGAAGCAGCGAUUUCACCAUGACAGCUGAAGGAUUUGUUCUUCUGAAGAAACUGCUGCCCCAAGGUAUAGUGCCUGCCCAAUUACUAGCAGUGGACGAAUCCAGUGGAGAGAGAGCUGUAGCAGAGCUCACGGUCCACGUGUUACCUGAGGGUACUCUUGGGCCAGGGAAGUUCCGGGCAGAGCACAUGGCGGCUCUGGGAGCCAGCCUGGCAGCCAUGGUGGUGCUCUGCCUCGUCCUCAUCUGCCUGCUUGUCUUCCACAUAAAGAAGGGGAGCGCUGACUGGCAGAAGCUAACUGAUGCCAGCCUCAUCUGCAGCUCUUUUUCCCAGGGGUCCGGCAGUCCAAAAGAUGAGACGCAUUACACCAACGAUGCAUUUCAAAAUGAGGGGAACCCCUGCAGCGUGGGGUCCAGAACCCUGGACGAUGAUGGCAGGGUGGGGUCCAGACUCGCUGAAGAGCCUGACCAGGGGCUCCCUGCUGAGCGAGAGCACAGGGCCAGAGAGACACCCCCCACCAAAGACACGCUUCCUCCUCCCCCGCCUCCUCCCCCCUCUGCCCCGUACCCCGAUGCCUCGCCCACCACCGGCAGCCCUGCUGUGUCCGACAGGUCAGCGCGCCCCAUCCUCGCCAAGGAGAGGAAGAGCGAGGAGGGGAGCAAGUCUGUCUGGUUCAAGGAGGACCUCGACCCCAGCGCUAAGGAGGAGAUCCUGAUCACCCCUGAUGGUGAGGAAGAAGAUGAAGGAGAUGAAAUCUCACCCCUCGCCUCGCCCCUCCCCUCCCCAAAGGUGUUUUUCGCCGAUGCCAGAACGGGCGACAAUGCGGCAGUGCGAUUCCAGGACCGCGGGAGAAACAGUGACCCGGAGCCACAAUCCGGGGCCAAAGAAGGAAAGAGAGAAUACCUAUAAGGCCAAGCAGUAAAGGGUUCUGGAGAAAAACACCUCAUCAAAACUACCAAGUCGCAAUAGAAGCAUUUUAUAGCACACCUGACGCCACUGUGACAUUUUAGUGUUUCUAUCUCUCAAAAUGAGCAUUAUGGUUUCAUACUUCAUGAUUUUGCAUUUAGGAAAUUCCAUCCGCAUUUUCAGUUAUAAUUAUAAUGACAAAAUGCAGAGUUUACCUGCCAGUACCCGAAACUACCACAACAUACUUUUUGGUCGAUCAGUAACCUGUAUCUAAUUAGUACGUUACUCAUAGAAAAUAUUGAAAUGUACAUUACUAACACAAGAAGGAAAUGAUGUAACUACACACCUGCUUAUACAUGCUAUUAGAUUAGAACACAUUUGUAAAAGGGAUGUUAGGUCAGUGCAUUGCUAAGUACACAUUAAGUAACAUGAGCUCAACCUUUGUAAAUAAUGGUGUUUUAUUUGUACUGAUAUAGCUGCAAGUAACUUCUCAUAUUUACACACGAGUAAAGGAGUGAAUUAUAGCGCUUACCUUGUUUUUUUAUACCUGUAUACAUUCUGGAUGUAAAAGUGAAAUAUUGAACUUUUCAAAACAGAAUAAUAAAAAAGUUCUGAUUUAAGAAAUCAA